GCGUAUACUUCGAGACACUAGCGAGCGAGACGAGUGAGAGAAAGUCAGCGGAUUUCUAAAAGGAAUCAGUACGGCGAGAAGAAGCCAGCCAGUCAGCCUGCCAGAAGAAGUGGAUUCAUAGAUGUGCGAGAGACGCAGAUCCGUUGAGUAAUGUGUUGAGUGAAGGUGUCGGAGGCGAUGAAGAGGAUUUUUCCAAACGCGGAAAAGUGCUGGUGAAAGUGGAAAUUUGUGUCCAAAAGAGAAAAUCUCAAAGCAGUCAGUGUCGUGUGUCGCGCACAUAAGUUUGAAUGAAAUCGAAGCAUAGAUUUUGUUAGUGUUAUUUUUCUCGUCAACUAUUUGUGGACUUUUCACAGGGAAAUUAGUGAAGAAUCAUCCCGUUCGUCGGACUGGAUUUGCCCGUAAUGUGAAUGAUUCCGCAUGCAAUGUUUGUGUUUCUCGGGGGGAAUAAUUUUCAACAAAGUUCGGAAAUAUCCAGGUUGGCUUCAAACAUUUAUCACAGUGCUGAUAAUUUACUGAAGGUAAUGUGAAUUUUGCGCAGUUUUUGAUGGCAGAUAAGCAAAUGAUAAACGAAGUGAAAAAUAAUUAGCUGAAAAAUCUGGAGUGAGCGAGAAGGGGCGAAAGAUGUAAUUUGGCCAUCGUAGCCAUCGAAUGAAAAAGUGAUUGUCCAAUUCCUGUAGAGUGCCUCUGCGUGGUUCGAAGUGAAACAGCCGAAGUGCUGAAUGUGAAGCAGAAAAGAAGUGAGUUCUUUUCCGGAGCUGAACAGUAUUGUUUGGGAGAAAACGUAAACAUUGCGUGAAAACAGUAUCAUGGAUUGUUCAAUCAAUUGUUGCUGAAAAGUUCUAUUAAGGAUAUGCUUAUUGGGCUGACGAUUGGAAGAUCCGACCCACGAACGCACACACGCAUCUGCAGUUUAUGGUCUCGCGAGCAGCACCAACGGCAGUCGUACCCAUUUCCACACGGCGGACGGUGGUGGUGACCAUGGGCUAACAACACAACCAGAAAAGAUUCGACUAAUUUAUGCGACCGUUUUUCACCGGACAGUAGAAACAAAUACAGCAGCUUUCUUUUGCGCCGCGGCACCGUGUUGCCGUCCAGAAGAACAAAGGGGCGCGCACGCAGCGGCUUCCGGGGUUCUGGUGGCCGCUAGACUGUCAGCAGCAACAGCGCGGUAGCAACAUCGCUUCCACCUAGCUGGAUAAAAUGGCACUUUUCAAACUGCAUCGGAUUUCUAUCGACACCGGUGCUGCUGCUGAUCGUAUCUUGCCAACGCCGUUGAUCAGUUGUGAAAUCGCUAGCCGCCAAGUGGAUGAUCGGGCACUUGUUGUUGUUCCCCUAGUGACCCUGGUGGUAGUGAAAUAAGUGCCGGGAGGAGAGACGGGGAAACAAACCAGAGUGCGGUCGUUUGCUUUCGCUGUAUUUUUUUUUACUGAUUUUACUAUUGGUGGUUUCCUUCCGAAGUGAUUUCUCCAGUUUUCGAUUUGUGUCCGGCACGUCGCAUUUUAUGUCAAUCCAGAAGUAGAAGUAGAAGGUGAAAAAACAGCGCUCUGUCAUCGAUGUUUUUUUCCCUCUAUGUGUGAGAGAAUUGUGAACGAUGCGAAGAAGGAAAAAUUAUGCAGUCAAUGGUGGAUAUAAAGAUUUCGUGAACAUCAUGUGUUUAAACAAAAUAUAUAAUAGAAUGUAAGCCAAAAAGCUUUAUGUGAAGCAACAGAAAGCAACGGAGGAAAAUAAGUGUGUUACGAAUGUAUAGUGGAAAGGAGUAGAAGAAGAGAAAAAUUUGUAAGAUAAUUGCCUGUGCAUAAGAAGAAGAAGUAGUGAGGCGCCACGGGAAGAUAGAGCGAAGAAAAUAAGUGCUUGUGGAGUGAAUUGAGCGGGUGAGCAAUAAUUUUUCGAAAAGAGAACGAAACAGAAACCGCGGAAACAUGUCUUUCCUCAACAAUCUGAAGAAGGUCUUCCACCUUGGCGGUGGAGAGGCCAAAAAGAAGCGUAUCUUCAACAACAUUCGCAUGGAUACGGAUCCAAAUGAUUUUUGGGAUAUGAUCGGAGAGCUCGGGGAUGGUGCAUUCGGUAAGGUGUACAAGGCUCAGAACAAAGAGACGAGACAGCUUGCGGCGGCCAAAAUGUGCACCCUGGAGGACGAAGAAAAUUUGAGCGAUCACAUGGUGGAGAUCGACAUCCUCUCGGAGAUAAAACAUGGCAAUAUUGUGGAGCUAUACGAGGCGUACUCGAUCGACGAUAAGCUGUGGAUGCUGAUUGAAUACUGUGAUGGCGGUGCCUUAGAUAGUAUUAUGGUCGAGCUGGAGAAACCUCUGACGGAACCCCAAAUCGCCUACGUUUGCAAGCACAUGUGCGCCGGCUUGAAUCACUUGCACAAGAACAAAGUGAUACAUCGUGAUUUGAAGGCAGGCAACGUGUUGCUAACGAUGGACGGUGGGGUCAAGCUAGCGGACUUCGGCGUUUCGGCGAAGAACAAACACACCCUGCAGAAGCACGACACCUUCAUCGGGACGCCGUAUUGGAUGGCACCGGAAUUGGUGCUGUGUGAAACUUUCCGGGAUAAUCCAUACGACUUCAAGGUGGACAUUUGGUCUCUAGGCAUCACGUUAAUCGAGUUCGCACAAAUGGAACCACCGAAUAGCGAAAUGUCACCCAUGAGAGUGUUGCUCAAGAUUCAGAAAAGUGAUCCACCCAAGCUAGAUCAACCUUCGAAGUGGUCUAAGAGCUUUAACGAAUUCCUUGCGAAGUCGUUGGUCAAAGAUCCCCAACAGAGGCCAAAUACGGAUGUGCUGAUGACUCUAUCUUUUAUUAGUGGUAAUCUGGACCCGAAGCCAAUCAAGGAUCUAUUGCUAGAAUACAAGGCAGACGUUGUCGAAGAGGAAUUGGUCGAUGAAGAGGCGGAGAAAGCUAAGCGACAAGCGAAGCGUAGAUCGCUCUAUCAGAGGGAGCAUCGCAGUUCUGCGCUUCCCCUCGAUUUGGACGAUGACUCAUCGUCGCUACAAAGCCAAGAAACUUAUAAACUUCCAGAUACACCCACAUCCUUGUCGAAGUCAUCCCGAGAUUCGAAAGAAACAACACCCGUUCCCGUUGAAGAUGAAAGUAAAGCAAAACCAGUGGCAUCUACUCCAGCGGCAGUGCAGGUGCCAUCUGUUGACCCGAGCUCAACGCCCAGUUUGACACCAACAGCGUCGGCAACAACGCCGAUAGCAGCGUCAGCAGCAGCUGCUAGUGAUAGUAAUAGUAACGUACAAAGCGAUGUCAAGAAACCACAACCGACGGUUACAGCUCCAGUGUUACCUCCAACUGUACAACGGUCAACCAAGGAUGAAGUGGAGACCGCGGAAAACUUGGCGAAUUCGAGCAGUAGCAGUACCAGCAGUAGUAGCAGCAAUGCGGAGCUCGAGAAGAAAGGUGUCAUUAAGAAAGAGAAAGGUCCUGCUCCUCCGCCACCCCAAGCGCCUGUUUCGCCCAGCUCUAGAAACGCUCCUAGUACUCUUGGAAUCAGUUCUUCUGCACAAACAACCGUUCCUCUUACACCGCCAGAAACACCACAAACUCCUGCGACCAAGAGUGUCGAUCGUCCUGACAAUAUAGCGUUCACAAAACCACCUGCAUCUCCACCGUCCCUUGGAAAGCAAAUUAGCAACGAUGAGCUUAUUAAAUAUCCAAAAAAGGAUCCAGCUCCUUCGCCACCGAAGCCGCCCCCGAAGGACAGUCCUUCUUCUUCGCCACAACCUCGCGAAGAUUUAGUGGUGGUGACGAGCCCUGUUAGCAGAAGACUUACACCCGACGAACCCUCGAAGGAUGAACCAGAACCUCUAACUGACUUACCUAAACCCAAAGAGCCACAACCCAUGAACACAACUAUUGCCAUUCCAAAACCAUCCCUUCCAGCAGACGAUGAACAUCAGCACAUGUUCCAUCCAAUACCGCCCCCAUUACUGCCGGAUGAAGAAAUCCGAAUAACAUCGACACCGAACAACAAACCGGCCACCACAAUACACAGCGCCAAUAAUACGUCUACUAUUACAAUCAACAAUGAUACGGUCCUCGCGGAUCCGUCCAACAGUCUUGCCAGUAAUGUUAGCCAGGUUACGGUGGUAACCAGCCAUCCGCCGGUAAUAAUCGACAAUUCGAUCGUUCCGUCCGGCUCAUCUUCGUCCGCUUCGUCGACAAAAUCGUUUGGAUCUUCGCAGCGACGAUCACGUGUCAUUUCGCCGAAGGGUAGCGACGAGGUGGUGAUCGUUUCCAACGAGCUGAACAAAACACAAGUCAACGAGUCCUCGACCGACGAUGAUUUCCAUUCGCUCGAUAGCUUGGAGAAUCUUUCGCCCAAGCACCGAAAAUUAAGACAACAGCAGCAGCAGCAACAGCAUCAGUCAAGCGGAGGACAAUUUGCGCGGAAGCUGGACGAGAGCGAGGUGUUGAUCGUCAGUCCGAGCUUUAUUGGUGACGAUCAGGAUCAACAGAAGCAGCAGCAUGAGCAGGAUGAUUUCAUCAAUGAUGAGCUGUUUUUAGGUAGUAGUAAUAAUCAUAGCAACAGUAAACUAUUGGACACUAGUCAUGUAUCGGUGGUCACCGUUGGCGAGGAGGAAAUCAAAGUGAAGGAUUCCUCUCACCAUGCGCACCUAAUCAAUCGUAGCACCAGUCAACACAAUCUGCAUCAGCAGCAACAACUGUUACUGAACCACCAUCACGAUUCCAUCAGCGAUUUGUCCAACGUGAGUUGUGGUCCUAGCGAAUCCAGCGAUGACGUAAAGGUGGUUGAUAUGGUUAUCACCCACCCAACAGUGGGUGGAACAACGAGUAGUGUUAGCACCAGCAGUACCAUAACUACUGGUGGUGGUUUUGCCCAACGAUCGCCGUCGGGUUCAUCGAUUUCAUCACCACUCAGAAGCGGUUCUAGCAGUAAACUGAACGGAGACUUCAAUCGAAGUCGGGAAGAUGUCAGUAUCAUAGUGAAUAAGCGCAAGAUUGUGGAGAAGCAGAGGGUUUCGCCAGACAGUAGUGUCGGGUCUAUGGACGGUGGUGGUUCGGUGCGAUCGGCCAGUACUCCAUUGCAUCAUCAUCCUGCCGAUACACAAAAUCAAUCACACCAGCAACAGCAGCAACAUCACGUUGUCAGUGGGAAACAAAUGGAUCGAAGCGACGCCGAAAGUAUUGCAACCACAACUAGUCACGACAGUCGCGAACAGUCCGUCGAGGAAGAGGUACAAUUACGUCGCAAACCACCUGUGGUUGAAGUCGAAGACGACAAGGUACCGCCGAUCGCUAGUAGCAACAACAAAUCGACGAAACCGAGCCGGAAUUUCAGCAAGGAAGAAAUUCAUCUGCAAAAUCUGAAGAAGAAAACGCGCAAGCGAACGCGAAAGUUCGAAAUCGAUGGCGUACAAGUCACGACGACAACCAGCAAGGUUAUCUACAGCGAUGAGGACAACAACAAGCUAUACGAUGAUCAUCUGUUCCGGAAGCAGGAGUUGCGUGAGUUGAAGAUGCUUCAGAAACAGGAGAAGAAGCAGUUCUACGAACUCCAGCAGAAGGAAGCGAUCGCCAAAGAGCAGCAAGAGAAGAAGUUCGAGCAGGAGCGUCUACAGCUGGAGCGUACAUUCGAGGCUGACAUGGAUGUACUGGCUCGGCAACAUCGCCAAACGGUCGAGAAGUACGAGCAACAACAAGAGACUGAACUUAGGAAUACAUCGAAGAAGAUACGUGCCGAGCAGGAGCGUGAUUUGAAAUUGUUCCGGGAUAGCCUCAAGCAGGAGAUAAGGCUACUGAAGCAGGAAGUGGAUCUAUUGCCAAAGGAGAAACGAAAAGAUGAAUUCCGCAAGCGGAAAACUGCAAUGGAGCUUGAGCACGAGGAACGCGAGAAAAAUUUCCUGGCCACUCUAUCGGAGAAUCAUGAGCUGGCCCUGCGGCGAAUUAGUGAAAUUUAUCGUGAGAAAUUAUCCGCUGCCGACAAGGGCUAUCUUCAGCAGAAGCAAACGGCAAUGAGAACGCGAGAAGCAAUGCUGUGGGAAUUAGAGGAGAAACACAUUCAUGAUAAGCAUCAAUUGGCGAAGCGUCACGUGAAAGAUAUCUGUUUCAUGCAGCGUCAUCAGAUGAUUAUUCGCCAUGAGAAGGAACUGGAUCAAAUCAAGAGAAUGAUUUCCCGAAAAGAGGAAGAAUUGGUGAAACGCCAGACAAUCGAAAGGCGGGCUCUGCCAAAACGCAUCCGAGCUGAGCGGAAGGCUCGUGACAUGAUGUUCCGCGAAUCGCUGCGCAUCUCGAUGACCACAGAUCCGGAAUUAGAACGAGAGAAAUUGAAGAAGUUCCAAGAACAAGAGAAGAAGCGAUAUACUCAGGAGCAGAUUCGAUUUGAAACUAAGCACAGCAAGCAGCUUGAAGAGUUGCGCGCUACCUCAGAUGGUUCUAUAAGAGAAUUGGAACAGCUGCAGAACGAGAAACGCAAGCAGCUGCUGGAGCACGAAACCGCCAAACUGCGUGAAUGUGACGAAGCACUGCAGAAGGAACUGCGCGAAUGGAAAUCGCAGCUACUGCCAAGGAAACAGGCUGUUGUGAAAGAGCUCGAUUGGAUGGUGAAUGAGUACGAACACAAGUGGGGUCCGGUAGAUCGACGUGAAUUCGACGGUGAAUUUGUGGUUCCGCCGGAGAUUCGGAAUCGCACUAAUUCCCUCAAUACCCGCUCCUUACGGCUGCACGGUGGCCUGCUGAGCAUUUCCCGCUCCCGUACCUUCCUCUCGCUGCCGGUGGCGAACGGACGCAACAAUAUACACAGUUCGGUUCCGGACUUGAGUCGUUCGGUGCCAAACACACCCAAUUCCGCCCAUAAGCUCUCCCUGGCUUCUUCUUACGAUUCCGUGCUGGAGGAGAACGAGAAUGAGAACGUAGCGCCAAACCUUGCGGGUCAAGGAGGUGGUGACGGGCAGUCGGCCAUUAAGUAUCUUUUCACAGACGAUGGUGUGCAUUUGCGCAGAAAAUCGGAAGAUCUUCUAGCUGGAAGGCGCACUAAAAUACCUAUGAAAAAUCAGAGCAGACUUUAUCAGGAGAAUGGAUAUGGUGUUCGUGGCUCUCUCCCUAGUCACACUUCUCUGCAAAGUCAUUCAAGACAGAAUUCUGAACCAACAAACCGCAUCGUUCCAAUUCGUGUGAAUCCCGGUAAAAAUCCAGGGGGAGUUGUGUAUGAACCUGUAACAGAUAGACCUUCAACUGUAGUGCCCCAAUACAGCAGUGGAACGAUGCCCAGAAGUAGUUACGGAUGGGGAAACAGUCGACUUGGGGUCACUAACUUUUCAUCCGAUGCCAAUAUAAACAAACUGACAACAUUCAGUUCAGCCAGGGGUGGACUUUCACUGCAGGCUGCUAACCAAUACAACAAUGGCUGUGAUGGGACUCAUCACAGCGACGUUCUCAAAUCUAACCUAAAGCUCUCCCCAUCCACACCAGUGAUUCUGUCUCCUGCCAAAGAUUAUGAUUCUGCUGCAUAAAAUCAAAGCUAAUUAGAAGAUGCGUUCCUUAAUUGUCGUUCCAUUCCAAUUUAGGCUUAAUCCGGACUCUCGAACUGUGUAUACGCGUUCUUCCCUACUGUUCCAUUGAAGAAUAUUUCUAAACACAAACAACAAAACAUUUAAAAAAUCACUAGAGCAAACGUUCGCACUAUCACUAUAUUCCCUGUACUUACGCUAUACUUAUGAUAAUGCAACACAUCCACAACGGAGGCAACCAGAGUAGAAUGACCACACACACUGUUGAAGAGCGCUGUUGCUGAUUAAUCUUGACCGUUUUGCGUAUGAAAUCAACUAACCUGAACUGCAUGGAAGGCUGCAAAAGUACUACUAACAGGUGGCAAGUAUGUUGUACCAAAUUGCUACCACUAGCUAUCCACGCCACACACCACCCACUAUCGAAUCUUCGGCACAGCACGCUUUCACCAACCGAUUUAGUUCAAUGUGUGGCUUCCAUCUAAAUUUAAAAAAAAAACACACCUAUGAUGGAUUGAUUUCUUCUGUAACAUCCCGAAAAAAAUGUAACGAUUACAAGCAUUCGUGGAACUUGAACGAUUAUGAUUGACGCGAGUGGAGACGGACGGGGUGAAUGAAGUGAAGAUGUUGUUCAACAGAACCCGUUCGGUGGGAGAGACAAAAAUAAGCGACUCGAAGAAACGUUCGCCCAGCAGCAGGAAGAGAUGGAACAGUUGUAUGGCAACAGUCUGGUACCGAUGCCACCGCACUCGCCGCAGUGCCACGAUCUGCUACAGAUCGGCUCGACUCGUAGCAGUAUUUCAUCCU